AUGAAGGUGGCAAAUCUCCUUACGCUUACGGUAUUGCCUGGAGCAGCAUUGGCUGGCACAGACCCCUUCCAGUCACGGUGCAACUCAUUCCAGAGCGAAAUCGACAUCGCCAAUGUCACGGUCAGAUCCGUCGCGUAUGUUGCUGCUGGACAGAAUGUCUCCCAGGCGGAGGUUGCCCCCGUGUGUAAAGCGUCCGUCCAAGCCAGUGUCGACUUCUGUAGGGUGACGAUGAACAUCUCGACGUCGGACCGAAGUCACCUCUGGGCCGAGGCCUGGUUCCCAAGGAACUACACUGGUCGCUUUGUGAGCACCGGCAAUGGUGGCCUAGCGGGAUGUGUCCAGGAACAGGACCUUGACUUUGCGGCCCAAUUUGGCUUCGCUACCGUGGGAACCAACGCCGGACACGACGGAGACACGGCCAAAUAUUUUUACAACAACUCGGAGGUCCUUGCUGACUUUGCGUAUCGUUCGGUGCACGUGGGGACUGUGGUUGCCAAGCAGUUGACCAAGUUGUUCUAUGAAGAGGGAUACAACUACUCUUACUAUCUGGGUUGCUCUACCGGAGGCCGCCAGGGCUAUCAGCAGGUUCAGCGGUUCCCCGAUGACUAUGACGGGGUGAUCGCGGGCUCUGCCGCCAUGAACUUUGUCAAUCUUAUCAACUGGGGUGCUUUUCUCUGGAAAGCUACAGGCUCCACCGAUGAUCCGGACUUCAUCUCCCCGGCCCUCUGGUCGGUGAUCCACGACGAGAUCGUGCGUCAAUGCGAUCCGGUGGAUGGGGCUAUCGAUGGGAUCAUCGAGGACCCAGAUUUCUGCGCCCCGGUUAUUGAAAUGUUGAUCUGCAACGGAACCACCAACGACACCUCCUGUAUCACCGGAGCCCAAGCCGCGAUGGUCAACCGUGCCCUGAGUGACUUCUAUGGACCCGAUGGGAAAGUGUACUACCCUCGUCUCAACUACGGGGCGGAGGCAGAUUCAGCCAACGUUUACUUCACUGGUUCGAUGUACAGCCGCACGGAAGAAUGGUACCGCUACGUGGUCUACAACGACACGACCUGGAACUCCAGCCAAUGGACGCUGGACAGUGCCAAGCUGGCCUUGGAGCAGAACCCAUUCAACAUCCAGGCUUUCGACCCCAACAUCACCGCAUUCCGGGACCGUGGUGGUAAGCUCCUAUCCUAUCACGGCACGCAGGAUCCCAUCAUCAGCUCGACUGACAGCAAGCUCUACUACCGGCGGGUGGCGAAUGCCUUGAAUGCUGGUCCUUCAGAGCUCGAUGACUUUUAUCGGUUCUUCCAGAUCUCCGGCAUGGGCCACUGUGGUGAUGGCGUUGGAGCUUCCUAUAUCGGACAGGCAUCCGGUACAUACACGUCGAAGGCGCCGCAGAUCAACCUUCUUCGCACGAUGGUGGACUGGGUGGAAAAUGGCAAGGCCCCGGAAUACAUGCCGGGCAACAAACUGAGUGCGAACGGGUCGAUUGAGUAUAUGCGCAGGCACUGUCGCUACCCCCGACACAACAUCCACACGGGGCCUGGCAACUACACCGACCCGAAUUCGUGGACUUGUGUGUAG